GUAUCAUCAUACGUGUGAUAUGAAUAGACGAUGUUAGUUUAUCUAUCUGGCUGCAUAUAAAGAACAAGACAGGUAUUACACCUCAGUGGCAGCGUGAAGGAUGGCGCGGUCUGUGUUGCUGGCGGUUCUGGCGUGCCUCGUGAAAAUUACGAUACAACGGUCGACGCCUGAAGAUGGCAGUUAUAUCGCAGCUGUAGUAGAGUUCCAGGUGACGCGGAACUCCUCAGAAGCAAUGGAAGACUACAUCCGUCUCAUCAACGAGGCGGCUGAACAGAAUGCUGACAUCAUAGUGUUCCCGGAGAUGACUUUGACAAGGGGAGGAGAGUAUUUUACCGUCCCUAUAAAUUCUCUGCUGAAGGAAUACCCGAUACCUGCUAUAAGCCCGGAUUUAUACGACAAUGGUAUGGUAUCAAUAUCCAGGGCCGCCCGAGAGAACCAGAUCUACGUGGUGGUGAACGUUCAGGAGCGGGUGGACUGCAGCGUCGCGCCCGGGGAACUCUGCCCCGAGCAGAAGGUGUACCUGUUUAACACCAACGUGGUCUUUGACAGAAGUGGGGCUGUUGUUGAUAGGUAUCGUAAGAUCAAUUUAUUCGGAGAGAUCACCCGUACUCCUUCCCUAGAUAACUAUCUGGGUUUCUUCGAGACGGACUUCGGCGUGAAAUUCGGUCACUUCAUCUGCUUCGAUCUGAUGUUCCAGAUCCCCGCUAUACAAGUCGUUGAGAAGAAUCAGAUCACUGAUGUCAUAUUCACCACCAUGUGGUUCUCAGAGCUGCCUUAUUUGACCGCCGUCCAAAUUCAGGAAGCGUACGCAUACAGGAUGAACGUCAACUUCUUGGCAUCUGGAGCUAAUAACGUAGGCAUUGGCAGCGCAGGCUCUGGAAUUUACUCCGGGAAGGCAGGAGCAUUGGUGAGCACGAUGCCAGGUGUGCCCACUACCAGACUAAUGGUCGCCACAGUCCCUAAAGCUCCCGGACAGGUGACCGGCCCCUACCCAGGGCCCAUCUACGACAGUCCUGAAGACCACGACUCCCUCUACCUCAUCACCGACCCGUCCGUCCGCUCGCACAUAAGCAGGGAACUCGUUCACGGCUUCCAGGAGUUCACCAUCACCGACAAGGAUGUCUCCUGCCACUUCACUGUGAGGCUCAACCAGACAGGAGCAGAUGUGCAAUACAAGUACCGCGCUGCAGCGUUUUCCGGGGUGCGAUCGUUCACCGGCGUGGCUACGGGUGGCAGCAGACUUUGCUCUGUGGUGGCCUGCGCUGGCGACACCAUAGACACGUGCGGGAAAAGAUACCCCACUUACGUUGAAGAUGCAUCAGCCACUUUCGAAGAGCUAACGAUCGUCGCCACAGUACCAACACCUAUCUUAGACACAACUUUGUCAGCUCAAGAUUCAGAAUUCUUUCCUAUAUCUCUCAGUGUCGCCAUCAUGCCUCUGGAAGUUCAAGAUACCACGUUCACUGAAGAAAUUCAAGGGGAAAACACUAUUUUUACUUUUACUCUAAAUAAUCAUGAUGUGAAGUUGUACGCGUUCUCAAUUUGGGGCAGGGUGUUCGGUUGGGACGGAGACGAUGAGAGCCCACCAGUGGGGGAAAUAGACUGGGAUUUAGAUACAGGAUCUCCUGACCCUGGUCUGCCAGAUUCUUCAUCCGUCAAUCUUUUAUUUAAAUUAUUGCUGUUGCCAGCUCUGGCAUUGUUGAGUUUUGUAAAUUAGGCAUAAUGUCAGCGUUUAUAAAAUUGAUUGAAAAUUGUCUUUUCUGAGUACAGACAAACUUGUAAACA